AUGAAGAAGACAAGUCAAGGGAUUGACUUCACUUGUCUCUUUGACGAGUUCGUAUCUUGGCGCGAAACGUUUGAGCAUGUAUCAAGUCCACUGUCAGAUGCUGGGAAUCAUGACAACUACAAUGGCAUACGACUUCGGACUCGGUGCGUUCUACAUAGUCUCCCUGACCACAAGACCAAGUUGCAACAACGAGGUCAACCCCCUUCAAGUCGGAAGUCUUGCCCACGAGAUCCGGUCACCGCGAGUCAACCGGCCGGACUCGACACGCUUCGGCCGACCGUUGACGUCACGCGAUCGGACCGCGUAGACUCGUCCCCUCCACUCGGCGCACCGGCCGACUCCGUCUGA